AUGUUGGCCGAAAACUUCGAAGUUUCGCGACUAGCGAUUCCAGCAGUCAGCGUGCUGAUCAGCUUUCUCGCCUAUACCUCGCAAUACUUCUUCCACAACUUCAAGCCCGCACCACUAACACUCGACGAGGGCUGGGCUCUCAAUGUCUUCGCAUUGUGCAUUUGGGCAAAUCUGUGGCCCCAUCUCGACAGGAGAAGGACCAGUCCACAGGGCGCCAACGAUGGUGUCGUAGAUGUGAGGCCUACAAGCCGCCGCGGGCUCACCAUUGUAAAACUUGCAAAAGGUGGGAUCAAAAAAAAAGAAAAUCAAUCGAUAGCCAAAUCUGAUCUCGUCCGAUUUACUUACUUUGUUCAGGUGCAUUCCGAAGAUGGAUCACCAUUGUCCAUGGACUUCAAACUGCGUCUCAUACUUCACAUUCCCCCACUUCUUCCGUUUCCUAUUUUAUACGGUGCUCGGGAUGGGCUAUCUGGAAACCCUUUUGUGGCAGCGUGCAUCUAUAGUUUGGCACGAGCGAGAUAUGCCCAGUGUGAGUUGGUCAUUCCAUCUGUUCCCAAUGCAGAAAGGCUGACUCUUUUCCAGUACCUUGGUCCAUCAGUAGCACAACUCGUCCACUUGCUGCUUUUGAUCGUCGUCAACAGUGUGACCUGGCUUGGCCUAUUCAUUCUUCUGGUACGCACGAUCGGGACCAUCCUCUUCAAUACGACCACAAUUGAAUCCUGGGAAAUUGAGAGGCACGAAACUCUUGUUCGUCGAGCUCGAGUCUUGGGUGGCUCUCUAGAGGGCCCGGGAGGUGUAAACAUCGUGAUUCGCAAGCAGGAAUUUCCUUACGAUAUCGGCAUAUUUUUCAAUAUUGUUCAAGCUAUGGGAGAUACACUCAACAUAUUGAGUUGGUUCUGGCCAUUCGCCGCAAGUCCAGACCGCAAUUCCGGAUGGACAUUCAAGACGAAUGGAUUUGAAGAUGCUUCUGUGACAUGGCCUCCACCGGACCCAGACCGCAUACCCAUUCCCAAGGGAUCUUAUUCUGUCAAUGAUCCCGAAAUUCCUCUAUCCUACGCUUCUGCUCGGGAGCAAGUCGAAGCAUUUGAUCGUCGAAAAGCAGCCGACUCGGAUCGCCCAAGGCCCUAUUCGACAGUUCAGAGACGCAAGCGCUUCCAUGAACGCUUUCAGGACGAGCCUAACUAUGACAGCGAUGAAGACCAACCAGCAGGGCCUACCUACGGCAAUGAUUCAGAUGAAGGUGAAGAAUCGUGGCGAAACUCAGAAGGCGAGCGCCUUGGUGAUUUUGGGGUUGACGAAGAUGUUGAAUUCUAUGAUGAAGAUGACAUUCCCCUUGGAGUACUCGUGGAGCAGCGCAGGGGGCGCCAAUGA